AUGGGUAUCGAUCUUGAUCACAGGAGGCCCUCGCACCACCGCAAGGCGCCCAAGUCCGACAAUGUUUACCUGAAGCUGCUCGUGAAGCUGUACAGGUUCUUGGCCCGCCGUACCGACAGUGCCUUCAACAAGACCAUCCUUCGCCGCUUGUUCAUGUCAAAGAUCAACAGGCCCCCGGUCUCCAUUUCUCGCAUCAUCAAGAACGGCGCGAACCCUCAUGCUACCCACAACAACGACAAGACCGUCGUUGUUGUCGGUACCGUCACCGACGAUAACCGUCUCCUCGAGGUUCCUAAACUCACCAUCGCCGCCCUGCGAUUCACAGCCACUGCUCGUGCCAAGAUCGAGGCUGCAGGAGGUGAAGCUCUUACCCUUGACCAGCUUGCGUUGAGGGCGCCUACUGGAUCCAACACUCUUCUUAUCAGGGGACCUAAGAACGCCAGAGAGGCCGUUAAGCACUUUGGAAUGGGCCCUCACAAGCACAAGAAGCCUUAUGUCGAGUCAAAGGGCAGGAAGUUCGAGCGCGCUCGUGGUCGUCGUCGGUCCAGAGGUUUCAAGGUUUAA